AUCCCCCCGGCCCAGCCCCUUCUCUCUUUCUAUAUAUUCCAUUUCUCCCACGCACCUUCCCCCUCUUCACCCUUCUCUUUUUUUUUUUGGUUAUAAAGGUAUAUUGUGUGUCAGAAGUCUGAGAAAACUUGAGCUUUUCUUUUGUCCUUGUGAUCAAACAACAAGGCCCCUUUGUGUCAGAAGCAUAUCUUUUUUUUUAUCUUCUCCAAAAAACGUUUUGUUUCUUAUCCAAUCAAACCGUAAAUUCGAUCUAUGACUACUACUCCAAGAAGAAGAAACGUGAGUUCCAUCAUCAGAACUAGAUUUGCUUAUCGGUUUCUUCGAUCCCUUAGAAAACUGAACCAGCAUAAAAAAAACAAUUCACGAAAACAAUACAACAGGGUUAAACAUGCUGCUUAUGCAUCCAUGGCGUCUGCGGUCGGGUCUAAGAGAGCGUGGAGUCGGGCCUUGCUUUGGAAGAUCCAGAACCGAUCGCUGACCCGAAAUCUGGUGAAGAAGAAAAGAAAAACAUAUGAUGUUUCAGAGGAGACUGGGUUUGGUGAGCUUCGAAAGCUUGUGCCAGGUGGUGAAGUAAUGGGUUUCUACAACUUAUUAGACGAAACUGCCGAUUAUAUCAAGUGCCUUACUUCACAGAUGGAGGCUGAUGUUUGGUCGGGAUUGAAGACAGCAAAUGUUACGUAUGAAGUUGAGAUGUGUCUCUAUAUAUUGCUUAUUAGUGAUAAAUCUUGAACGAUAAGCAUAUAUGGUACCAUCAAACACAACAUACUUAGAAAGAAACAUAAUUAUUAGAAUUCUACCUCAACGUUUGUGUUUAACUAUUUUUUUGGUUUGAAUUUGUCACGAAGUAGUUUAGUUUUUGGA